GAGGAGGAGGAGGAGGAGGAGGAGGAAGAAAGGAGGAGGCGCAAAGGGGGCGAGGUCUCGGAUACCACGUUUGAGACUUGCGGAAAGGUGGACGCUGAGCGACGGACACAUCUCGCGGACAGACGAUCGCGGUCACACUCUCGCGUCUGCAUGGUACAGGACUUGAUGACACAGAUCGACACCCGACCACAUGGCAAUUGUACCUGUCCCUACUGUCAGGCUGCCGUCCGCAUGGCCGAAUUGAGGCCGGUCGACUUUCGGUCUCGUCGAGCCGAUUCUCUUCCGUCGAUGCCGAGAGAGACGUCGGUAAACCAGCCAGUGGAGUCCUGGCACAAACGAUUUCUCUGGCGGCCCGGAGCGGCCGGAGCACAUGUCAGCACCGAGGCCGGGGUCGAGACGGCUUCGUUCCCGGUCGGCUACGACCCCGAGCAGAGGCUCGAGGGACAGUCGGUGCCGGAGCUGGAGGAGCGGCAGCUGCGGAAGCAACAACAGCAACAAAAAAAGCAGCAAACACAACCACACCAACAACACGAACAGCAACAGGAGGCGCAGACGCAGAAGCAAGUGCAAUCCGGCACCGGCAAACUGGGGCCGGCCGGAGGCGCGGCGAAGGGUCGUUUCGUGUUGGGAGUGCGUCGAAAGACGUCCAAGUCGGCGGCAGCGGCAGCAGCGGCAUCGGCCGCCGCCAGAGACCGUUCGUCAGCGACCAACACGACCUCGGGAUUCGGGAGCAGUCCCGAUCCGGUGGGCAGCAGUACCGAAGCAGAGCUGGAGGACGACACACUCAGGGCGUCUGGAGGCAAGGGAAAAGCGAAGCGGAAGAGCGAUAACAUGAAAAGACGACGUCGGAUUCGGCUUGGUCACUGUGGAACAUUCUUGCUGGCGCUGUUCCCAUGGCAACCUCCUAAUGCAGCCGAUUGUUAUAGCAAGUAUACGUUUGCUUCAUCGAAAAUCCCACGAAAGAAUGUGAUAUGGGAAACAGAUAUGGUCUUCCUUGGAAUUCACACCUUCCCUGUGACUCAAUGGACUCGUGGCAAUGUGGUCGAGUGGUUGACGUGCCAAGCUCAGAUUCUGUACUAUCGCGGUUCGACUCCCGCUGUGGAUGUUGAUAAGGCAUAUGCGAGAUCGAAACUACAGUCCACUGGUGCCUGGAUGAGAACAACUUUUGGGAGAGCAAGGCUCUAA